AUGAUUGUGUACAAGGAGCACACAUCCAUGAAACUGAGCAUCACCAACAUGAAGAAGGCCCGUGUGGAUGAUUCAAUCCUUGUGCAGGGGAAGGUGGCACCAUGCGCUGAUGGCUUUGCCAUCAACCUGGGCCAUGAUAAUUCGAACUUGCUGAUUCAGUGUAACCCUCACUUUGGUGAAAGGGUGAUUGUGUACAACUCCAAGAAGGACGGCAACUGGGGUGAGGAAAUGCGGGAUCAUCACUUCCCGUUUGCACAGGGAGAAGACACCAAGCUCACUUUCACCCUAAACCACAAUGAGGUGACCGUGACUUAUCCCGAUGGCCAAGUGUUUGAUUUCAAAAGCCAAAUAAUUCCGGAUUUUGUCAAGUACAUCUCAGUGGAAGGAGACUUCGAGGUCCAAUCGAUCGACAUCCAAUGA